AUGGAGCUCCCAGUCAUCGAUCUAUCCUCCUACCUCUCCGUCUCCAGCGAACGCGAUCCGCGAAUCCAAUCUCUCUGCGCCGAUGUCAGCCGCAACCUGAGCGAAACCGGAGCACUUCUCGUCAAGGAUCCGCGAUGCACCGUCGAAGACAACGAUCGCUUCAUUGACAUGAUGGAGAAGUACUUCUCAUCUCCGCAUGAGUUCAAGAUCCUUCAAGAGAGACCGCACCUGCAUUACCAGGUUGGGGUUACGCCGGAAAAAGUGGAAGUUCCGAGGAGUUUGGUGGAUGAGGAAAUGCAGAAGAAAGUGAAGGAAAUGCCACAAGAACAUCAACCUCAUACUCCGGUUGGUGCUGAUCUAAAGUGGCGAUACUUUUGGAGAAUCGGUCCUCGUCCUUCUCUUACACGAUUUCAGGAACUCAAUGCAGAGCCAGUAAUUCCUGAAGGUUUUCCAGAAUGGAAAGAAACUAUGGAUUCCUGGGGAUACAAAAUGAUAGCAGCAAUUGAAGUUGUAUCUGAAAUGGCUGCUAUUGGGUUUGGUCUUCCAAAGGAUGCAUUCACGUCUCUCAUGAAGCUGGGCCCGCAUCUGUUAGCUCCAACAGGGAGUGACCUUGAAAAGUAUAAUCAAGAAGGGACCAUUUUUGCAGGAUAUCACUAUGACCUUAACUUCUUAACAAUUCAUGGUCGAAGUAGGUUUCCUGGAUUGAAUAUCUGGCUAAAAAAUGGACAAAAAGUUGCAGUUAAGGUUCCAGUAGGAUGUCUUCUUAUUCAGACUGGAAAGCAGAUAGAGUGGUUGACUGGAGGGGAAUGCAUAGCUGGCAUGCACGAAGUAGUUGCCACAAAAAGGACCAUUGAUGCAAUCAAUGCAGCUAAAGAGGAAAAACGUAGCUUAUGGAGAGUUUCUUCAACUUUGUUUGCGCACAUAGCAUCGGAUGCAGUUCUGAAGCCAUUGGGACAUUUUGCUGAAUCACCACUAGCAAGCAAAUAUCCGCCUCUAUGUGCAGGAGAAUAUGUUGAGCAAGAGCUUGCUGUCAUCAAUCUCAAAGGAAAGAAUUGA